GAAAACAAGCGAAGAAGAAGAUAGGGCGCUUCUGAAGGAGGAACGAGCAGUCUCUUUCUCACGAAGGGCACUCCACACCGAGGCCAAACCGAAGAACGGGAACUAAGGGAACCAUGGAAAUCAACGAUCACGCGUACACGAGCACCACUUAUGACAAAUGCAAUCCCGUGGACUUCCCAUACAAACUGAGUGCAGAUGAAGUUGAAGAAUUUGUGAAGCUGAGGGUUUCAAACAAGUACCUCUUCUCUGGAAGGAAAAAUACUUCCAUGUGGGCAUGGAGAGCCAUCCUGAAACACAUGGGCUUACAGCACAAGAUGACCCACAGUCAAGCAUCCAAAAAAUGGGAAAACAUGAAGAAGAGAUACAAGGGGUUAAAGAACCCGUCGGAUGGAACUAAAGGGUUGCCCGGCGCUUGGCCUUAUUUCCAUCUGCUCGACGACGCCAUGGAGGGUCGGCUGGAAGGCAGCGCCCCCAUCUUAAAGGCCUUUCCCGCCUACGCCGAUUUCCCUCCCAUCUUCAAACCCAAGAAGAGGAAGUUAUCCGUGGUGACAAGCCCUCCUGCACCGGAAAUCGAGGUUUCCCUGAACGGAGACGGGGACGACGACGACAACGAGACGGUGGAUGACGGAAGCCGGGAGAUGGAGCGCGCAUUGCAAGAGAUGGAGCACGGGAGGGACGUGAUGGAGGGCGAGAGGCGGAUGAUGGAGAGGGAGAAGCAGGUGAUGGAGAGGGAGAGGCAGGUGGUUGAAAGGGAGCGGCAGGUGCUGCAGAGGGAGAAGGCGGCGCUGGACAGGGAGUUUGCCGCCGUGGACCGAGACAGAGCCUCGCUGGACAGGGAGAGGGCGAUUGUGGACAGAGAGAGGGCCGUGAUGGAGAGGGAGAGGGCGCUGGUGGAGAAGGACAGAGAUGCCGUGAGGAGGGACCAGCUGGCUCUGGAGAGAGAGGGAGCCGGACCGGGCGGACUUUCGGAACCCAAAGAGAGGACUGAGGAGGUCACAGAGAACGGCGGCGACGAGAAAGACUCGGUCGUCAAGGACAGGACGGAGAAGUUCAUCAACUUGUUUGAAAAACUGAUAGAGAAUUUUUGAUUCGCUGUGGGUUUUCCGGCACACAGCGUUCCCCCGAGGAAAACCAAUUUUUCACCUCGGUGGCAUCGUACUUCAACCACGAGGCGUCAAUGAAAACUUUGAGCCACUCCUAGUUUGGAGAGGUCUUCACAACAACUUUAUUCACUUGUGGUUAUUCCAUACAGAGCACACAAUAGCAGGCUAUUAGCAUUAUUCUUAACCCAAUCCAAAAUCAAAAUCAACCCCCCCCCCCACUCCCAAGAAUCAAACAAUCAUCUUUAUUUGAUUGACUGGACAUUAGAACUUUUUGUAUCCGCAACUGUACGGUUUGAAACAUCACUUUUUUAAAAUUUAAUAUACCAAAUAUUCCAGUUCUUGUAAAAAAUAUUUUCUUAGAUUACAGUACAGACUUUACAACAAAUGAUUGUGUUUAAAUGCGUUUUUUAUUGCAUUAUCAUCAAUUUACCCUCCAUUAAGCUCCAGCUUCAAUAACUUUGUGCUAGUAUACAUUUCCAAAAGUGUUUUUUUCAAUAAUAUUAAUACUAUUAUUUUUACAAAACAAACAUUUAAACAAUAUUACUGUUUUUUUUAAUUUUUUUCGCCAGUCAUGAACAGACAUUAAACCGACACAUACAUGCCAUUUGAGGUUUUAUAUAAUAAACGCAUUUCUCCAAAAUGCCA